GCAGCCCAGCGGGCGCCCUGAGCGCGGCGCGGUCCCCGGUGCGCGCCGGCGGCGAGCGGGAGCGGGCGCGGGGCGAGCGAGGUCUGGCGCCAUGUGCUAGGUCACUCUGAAUUGGAGGCCACACCCUGGGCCAUCGGACAAGUUCCUCCUCACUUCAGGGGUCACCCGCCCCACUGCCCACUAUCCUGCCAUGGCUGGGGACCGACUCCCAAGGAAGGUGAUGGAUGCCAAGAAGCUGGCCAGCCUGCUGCGGGGCGGGCCCCGGGGGCCGCUGGUCAUCGACAGCCGCUCCUUCGUGGAGUACAACAGCUGGCACGUGCUCAGCUCUGUCAACAUCUGCUGCUCCAAGCUGGUGAAACGGCGGCUGCAGCAGGGCAAGGUGACCAUCGCUGAGCUCAUCCAGCCGGCCGCGCGCAGCCAGGUGGAGGCCACGGAGCCGCAGGACGUGGUGGUCUAUGACCAGAGCACCCGGGACGCCAGCGUGCUGGCUGCGGACAGCUUCCUCUCCAUCCUGCUCAGCAAGCUGGAUGGUUGCUUUGACAGUGUGGCCAUCCUCACAGGGGGCUUCGCCACCUUCUCCUCCUGCUUCCCUGGUCUCUGUGAGGGCAAGCCCGUGGCCCUGCUACCCAUGAGCCUGUCCCAGCCCUGCCUGCCCGUUCCCAGUGUGGGCCUGACCCGCAUCCUGCCUCAUCUCUACCUGGGCUCUCAGAAGGAUGUCCUGAACAAGGAUCUGAUGACCCAAAAUGGAAUAAGCUACGUGCUCAAUGCCAGCAGCUCCUGCCCCAAGCCGGACUUCAUCUGCGAGAGCCGGUUCAUGCGCAUCCCCAUCAAUGACAACUACUGUGAAAAGCUGCUGCCCUGGCUGGACAAGUCCAUCGAGUUCAUCGAUAAAGCCAAACUGUCCAGCUGCCAAGUCAUUGUCCACUGUCUGGCCGGCAUCUCCCGCUCCGCCACCAUUGCCAUUGCCUACAUCAUGAAGACCAUGGGCAUGUCCUCGGACGACGCCUACAGGUUCGUGAAGGACCGGCGCCCGUCCAUCUCGCCCAACUUCAACUUCCUGGGCCAGCUGCUGGAGUACGAGCGCAGCCUGAAGCUGCUGGCCGCGCUGCAGGGCGACGCGGGGACACCCGAGCCCCUCCCGGGCCCCGCCGAAGGGUCCCCCCUGCCGCGGCUGCCACCACCUACCUCAGAGGGCGCUGCCGCCGGGAGCGCAGCGGCCGCCGCAGCCAGGGAGGGCGGCCCGAGUCCGAGUGCCGGCGCGGAGCCCCCCGCGCCCGCCGCGGCCCCGGCGCCGGCCACCAGCGCGCUGCAGCAGGGCCUGCGCGGCCUGCACCUGUCCUCCGACCGCCUCCAGGACACCAACCGCCUCAAACGCUCCUUCUCGCUGGACAUCAAGUCCGCCUACGCCCCCAGCCGGCCGCCCGACCCCGGGGAGGCCCCGAAGCUCUGCAAGCUGGACAGCCCGUCGGCGGCCGCGCUGGGCCUGCCCUCGCCCGGCCCCGACAGCCCGGAGGCGGCGCCCGAAGGACGCCCGCGCCCCCGCCGGCGGCCCCGGGCCCCGGCCGGCUCCCCCGCGCGCUCGCCCGCCGCGCACGGCCUCGGCCCGCACUUCGGGGACGCGGCCCGGCAGACUCCGCGGCACGGCCUCUCCGCCCUGUCGGCGCCCGGGCUGCCCGGCCCCGGGGCCUGGGCGCCGCCGCUCGACUCCCCGGGCGCGCCGUCGCCCGACGGGCCCUGGUGCCGCAGCCCCGAGGGCGCGCAGGGGCCGGGCGGCGCGCGGUUGGCGGCCUGCGGCGGCGGCCUGCGGCGGCGGGAGGCGGCGCGCGCCGAGCCCCGGGACGCGCGGACGGGCUGGCCGGAGGAGCCGGGCCCCGAGACGCAGUUCAAGCGCCGCAGCUGCCAGAUGGAGUUCGAGGGCGGCAUGGCCGAGGGGCGCGCGCGCGGCGACGAGCUGGCCGCCCUGGGCAAGCAGGCCACCUUCUCCGGCAGCGUGGAGGUCAUCGAGGUGUCCUGACGGCGGCGGCCCGGACCCGCCGGGAGUGUGUGUCGCGUAGGCUGCGGAGAAAGGUAAACGGUUUCGCUGCGACUUUGAUCGAGGAGUAAACAUUUCGGUUUUUUAUUUA